UGAAAUUAUUAUGAAUUAUUGCUUUUUUUAGACGCAGUAUAAAGAAGUAGAUUAUAAAAUUCUACAUACAAUAUUUAGUUACACGUGUUUCUCAUUUAAUUAGGUCAAUUUCCACCAUUGUUUUGAAACUACUAAAAAAAUAGCUUGCUUUUAAAAUUCUAGUAUAACAGUUUUUAUUACACAUUGUUAUAUAUGAACUUUUAAAAUUUGUAUACAGUUAUCUGUAGCAUACAUUUCUAAUCCUUGCCACUCUCGUCCGUCGUGUGUUUCAUCUUUGUUUCUAAGAAAGUCGUCGUUUAUUUUUUGGUUAUACUAGCAGGAAAAUGAUUGAACAACCUGAAAAUAUAUCUCUCUUUCAUCAAGAAAUCGAAGCGUUUCUCUCAUUGGUGAUUGCAAACAACCAAGUUUUGGUUAAAGCUGCCGAAAAUUCGAGUCCUAUAACGCCGUGGUCAAGCCGAAAAGAAGAUUGUAAAAGGCUAGAAAGAAAUUCUUUAACACCAGAUAUUGAUGAUUGGAAAGUGUUCGACGUGGUCCCCUCUAGUUCAGGAGACAGAUCUCUUGAGCUGAACAAAUCCCAGCUGAAAUCUCCAGCCGAGGAACCAAAUCAAGUUUCCCAUUGGAGAUUAAGCGAAGAGUCAAAAUCUAGAUCUCGAUUCUUAUCUCGCUCUAGUUCAAAAUCUAGAUCUAGGUCUGAAGAUAAUAAAAAACAAAGAUGUACAGCACAGCCGCAGGAUAGUUUCAGAUGUGAACCAAAAAGCAGAAGUAGAUCUAGAUCCAAAUCUAAAUCUCAACCCAAAGAGUCUGCGGUUUGCACGAAGGACAGCUUAAAUAAUGAAUCGAAAUGUCGGAGUAAAUCCAGAUCUAGAUCUCAAUAUAAGCAAAGGCACGGAUCUGCUACUUGCAUGGAAGACAGCUUUAAACAUGGAUCGAGAAGUAGAAGACGUAGAUCCAGAUCUAGGUCCAGAUCUAGGUCUCCACAUAAUCGAAGGUACCGAUCAGCUACUUGCACGAAAGAUAGCUCUAAAUAUGAAUUAAAAAGUAGAAGCAAAUCUAGAUCUAGAGCCAAAUCUAGAUCCAACUCUAGGUCCAGAUCUAAAUCUCAACGCAAGCCCAAAAGGGAGUCUGUGAAAGAUAGCUUCAAAUAUAAAUCAAAACGUAGAAGUAGAUCCAGAUCUAGGUCCAAAUCUAGGUCCAAAUCUAGUUCUCAUCGCAAGCCCAAAAGGGAGUCUAUGACAUGCACAAAAGACAGUUCCAAAUAUAAAUCAAAACGUAGAAGUAGAUCCAGAUCUAGGUCCAAAUCUAGGUCCAAAUCUAGUUCUCAUCGCAAGCCCAAAAGGGAGUCUAUGACAUGCACAAAAGACAGUUCCAAAUAUAAAUCAAAACGUAGAAGUAGAUCCAGAUCUAGGUCCAAAUCUAGGUCCAAAUCUAGUUCUCAUCGCAAGCCCAAAAGGGAGUCUGUGACAUGCACAAAAGAUAGCUCCAAAUAUAAAUCAAAACGUAGAAGUAGAUUCAGAUCUAGAUCCAGAUCUAGGUCCAAAUCUAGGUCCAGAUCUAAAUCUCAACGCAAGCCAAAAAGGGAGUCUGUGAAAGAUAGUUCCAAAUAUGAUUCAAAAUGUAGAAGUAGAUCUAGAUCUAGGUCCAAAUCUAGUUCUCAAUAUAAGCGAAGAUAUGGGUCUUCUAUUUACUCGAGAGAAAGCUUCAAAUAUCGAUCAAAGAGCAGAAAAUGUAGAUCCAGAUCCAGGUCUAGAUCCAAAUCUAAAUCUCCAUGUAAACUAAAAAGGGGAUCCGUGACUCUCACGAAUAAUAGCUUCAAAUACGGAUCAAAAAGUAGAAGUACAUCUAAAUCUAGAUCUGUUAAGACAUUAACGAGAAACUUGAAGAGGGGACCAACAAGUCUUGAAAGUGGAAAUGAUAAGAAAGAAAGUUGGAAUAGCCAAUCGGACGCAAGAAGACGGUGGUUCAAAUAA